AUGUGUUUUGGAGCAACCUGCCCGACCUGCUCAAAGAAGUCCUGGCGUGGAUGUGGUAGCCACGUCCGACAGGUACUCGAUGGAGUGCCAGAGUCCCAGUGGUGCACUUGCACCCCGCGCACAAAGAUUGACGGCAAGGAAUAUCCUCCUGCGGCAGCAAUGCAGAUUCCCGGGCUGAGUUGGAUCACGGGCAUGUUUGGCGGAGGAGGUCGCAAGGACGGCAAACAGGACCUAUAG